CUCUCUCUCUCUCUCUCUCUCUCUCUCUCUCGUUUUCUCUAUCUUGUUUCAGGAAGUUUUCUUUCCCACCAUAGCUUACGUGGGUUUGCCUUAAAUUCCUAUUUUUUAAGAAUUCACAGCCAUUUUCAGGUAAACAUAUGCUCUUAUGGAACUCUUUUUCUUAAAGUACAAUCAAUAUUUUCUGGUUUUCAAGCCUCAAGUUCAUGAAUUGUUGUGAAUAAUUUGAGAACUAUACUUCUAGUGUUUGAAAAAUUAAAGCUUAUAGCUCCAAACAAAUAGCCUUAGUUGAACAGUAAAAUCUCCAUUUUGUUUGUUUGUUCUUUUUGGGUUCGAAAUAUGGUAGAUGUAUUGAGUAAUUCACUUACAGUUGGUCCUAAAUCAUAUGGGUAUAACUGCCAAAAUCGCUCAAAUGGCCCCAGGAGUCAUGAAUAUAGAACCCAUUAUCACUAUGUUCUUUGUUGCAAUUAUAUUAGUUCAGACAUAAAAACAAACAGAAGGUGUGCUAGAAUUUAUGGCCUAAACAUGGUCUCCAUGUCUGAGGAGACACAAACUUGGAUUGGAGUUGCACAACCAAGGAUACAAAGAAUGGAUUCUGUAUUUGGAUCCACUAGGCAUGAGGUUUCUAGUGUUGAAUUUGGGUCGGUUUGUGAAGAAGUGAACGCCUUGUUUCAAGAAGAGGAAGGAGAAUUUACGGCUAAUGGUUUGGAAAAUAAAUUGCCUGCUUGGGGGAAUGUGGCAAUUCAACCGGACUCGGGGUCUAAAAAUGGUGGUAUUGAUCAGCCUUCAGUGGUUGAAUUCACUGCUAUAGGGUUGGAAAAGAAAUUGCCUGUUUGGGGGAAUGUUGAAAUGCAACCAGACUCGGGGUCUAAAACUGGUGGUAUUGAUCAGCCUUCAGUGGUUUCAAAGGGGAUGGUCACUGUGAAUGAAAAUAGGGUACAUUUUCUAGAGGAAAGGAAUGAAGAGAUAUUAUCAAAACGGAUUUUGGGUCUCAGUAGGACAAAUAAGGUUAGAAGUGCACUGGAAUUGUUUAGGUCCAUGGAAUAUUCAGGUCUUCGGCCUAAUUUACAUGCCUUUAAUUCUCUCCUCUCUUGCCUCCUGAGAAAUGAAAUGCUUGAUGAUGCUUUAAGGAUCUUUGAGUUUAUGAAGGCUGGUGGAUAUGCUACUGGCCAUACAUAUAGCCUGGUACUUAAAGCAAUUGCAGAUUCUCAGGGUUAUGAUGCAGCUAUACACAUGUUUGAGGAAUUGGAAGGAAAAAGUAAGGAUUUUGAUGCAGUUGUUUACAACACAAUUAUAUCGGUUUGUGGCAAAAUGAACAACUGGGUUCAGACUCGGAGAAUUUGGGAAAGUAUGAAAGAGAAUGACCAUGUUGGAACAACUGUCACUUAUCGCCUGUUGGUUUGCAUAUUUGUUCGUUGUGGUCAGAACGAACUAGCUCUUGAUGCAUAUAAUGAGAUGCUUCGAAAUGGAUUGAAACCAGGUAAUGAUGAAAUGCAAGCUAUUAUUGGAGCAUGUGCGAAGGAGGGGAAGUGUGAUCUGGGGCUAAGUGUCUUCCAGGAGAUGCGUGACAGUGGACUGAAGCCGAAUCUGAUUGCAUGCAAUGCAUUGAUUAACUCACUUGGGAAAGCCGGGAAAGUCAAGCUAGCAUUUAAGGUUUACGGCCACAUGAAAUCUUUGGGUCAUGCACCUGAUGCGUACACAUGGAAUGCGUUGCUUGGUGCCUUACACAGAACAAAUCGACAUACUGAUGCUCUUCGGCUCUUUGAGAGCAUCAGAAAAGAACAGAGCUCUCAAUUAAAUAUACAUUUGUACAAUACCAUUUUAAUGUCUUGCCAGAGGCUUGGUUUAUGGGAUAGAGCUCUGCAGCUGCUGUGGCAGAUGGAAGCUUCUGAACUGCCUGUGUCAACUGCAUCAUAUAAUCUAGUUAUCGGAGCUUGUGAGGUGGCUAGGAAGCCAAAAGUUGCAUUGCAAGUUUAUGAGCACAUGGUUCACCGAAACUGCGCUCCGGACACAUUCACUCUGUUGUCACUGAUAAGAGGUUGCAUUUGGGGUUCUCUUUGGGAUGAAGUGGAGGAAAUGCUGAAUUGGGUCGCUCCAGAUUCAUCUCUUUAUAAUACUGCCAUCCAAGGAAUGUGUUUGAGAGGCAAGAUCGAUUCAGCAAAGAAGCUGUACACGGAAAUGCCGAAGAAGGGGCUAAAACCAGAUGGUAAAACACGGGCGUUUAUGCUUCAAAGCUUGUCGGGAAAUUCAGUCAGACAAAGAAAAAGGUAGUUUUCUCAACUACGAUAAGAAGUACUAAUUUGUUUUCACUCCCUUUUUUUUUUUUUUUUUU